GAUUAAAUAUCUGAGAACUGAAAUGCAUUUUUCUUUCAGAAUUGUAGGUCUUCAUUUUUUUAACAACUCAGCUUUUGCUCACUAGAUGAGUGUGGCAGUUGGAGCCCUGGUGCCUUCCCAACCACCGAACUUCUCCUGACCCGUCCCCCUGUUUGCUCAUAGGUCAAGUAGCUUUCUCUGAGCACUUAACCCUCUUGUGCUUGUGUUGGACAAUUUUAUUCUAGUCGAUUUCUUUAUUGAUAGCUAUAUAAAUAUAUAUGUUAUAUAUAAUUUCUGCAUAAGGUUGCCAGUUUGGUGUUUUACGUAGGUGCUACCACUUAAGUGUCUUUAGGGUCAUUUUGUUUUUCUUUGAUUUUUGUUUUAAUUUGUACUGCUCACUUAGAAGGUAAUGAUUUUCGUCUGCCUUUGUUUAGGAAUCUUGUUUUUUGAAACAAAGAGAACAAGACUACCAAAGAAAGCAGACAGAAAUGCUAUAACAGCAGUUCAGCGCUCACUCCUCCACAUUAUUCAUUCUGCAACGGGGAGGGAGAAGAUUGCUGCUUAAUAUUUAGCCCCUGUCACUCAUUUGAGAAUAACGUACCAGGACCUGUUGCUUUACUGUGUGUUACUAUGUAUCUUUGCUAACAUUUUCACUUGGAAUUUAAAGGAAUGUUUUUUAACAGUGCUCCUACAGAAGUGGUUUCUUUCCUAAGAGCCCUGACAGGAUUCGGGGGGGACACAGCAGCAGCAACCAAACUUUGCACCUCAGGCAGAUAAAUAACUGCACUGUAAAAGCCUCCCUAUCUAAUAGGUGCUGAAAUUAUGGGGUUUUUUUAAAUAUAUAUAAAUAUAUAUAUAUGUGUGUGUGUGUAUGUUAGUAUAUAUUUAACUUGCAGUCAGCCAAGCUAAUAGGGAAAGUAAUUGAAAUAAACACCUGGCAAACAUGGUUAACAGACAGAGAAGUGUGUUAAGAAAAAUGUUUGGGGUUUUUUGGUGCUGUUCUUGUGUUUUGUUUUGUUUUUCCAUUCCACAAAUGUUGUCUCCACUUUUUCUUGCUGGCCAUGGAAUUGCAAAGACUCAAAUGGACAAUAGAUGAUUCCUACAGCUGGACUAUAAACAAAUGCAGUGCUUUCUUUGUUUCCAUGUUCUUUGUCAAAUCUGUAUAACCAGACUUGACUUUACAUACUCAACUCAGUGUCUGCUUCCCUCUCUGAAUCCUGUCUGGAGGCUCCAAUCAAAUGCUAGUCUACUGUGUAUGUAAAGACCUGUUUACAUACAAAAUAUUUAAAUGUUGUUGGUUUUUUUUUUUUUAAAUUUAAGAUAGUAUUUGUAUAUUUAAGACUACAGCUUCUAGAUCUAACAUGUUCUUGUUAUGUAAAUUCUGAUGAUGCGUGAGCUAUUUGUUUUCUUUAUCUGUGUACAGAGUAUGUCUAUCUGAGGUAUGGUACAUGUACGUAUAGAGAGUGUAAGCAGAAGAUCUCAACGUAAAACUUUUAUUUUCUGACAAGUGUCCUACAAAAUAAUGUGGGAGUAUUUUGUAUAAAUAUACAAGAGCAUGAGGACAGGUCACGCUCUGCCUUUCCUGUGUGCUCAAAGCUGGGUUGGGCAACUGGCUCUGAAAAUAACCUUUUAACAUGGAUCAGAAGGAAAGUUCUCCCUGGAAGUUAGGUAGAAAUUAAGUUAUAUACAGCAGCAAAGUGAAAUGUCUUCAGCAGAGUUAAUAGGGAGAGGGGCAGCUAUCACCCUGAAGUGUUAAGAAUCAAAGAACUUGCCUUUAUCAUGGAGUUAAUUCAAGUGACAGCUUGUGAAUGGCAUCCAGAUGUCAUUCCCAGGGACAGGUAGGGGUGGCUCAGGCAUGGCGGUGCUUUCAGGACGAGUCACCUGCUUGCCAAGGGGUGGCUGGGCAAGCACAGCUUUCCCUGAGCUGCAGACCAAGCGGGUGGCUUGGCUGGUGAACCAGUCACCCUGCCUGCAGUGCCCCCACUCACCAGCAAGUCACAGCUUCUGGCUGAUGAGCCCUGCCUUUAGGUAGCUGAGGUUAAACACUCUUUUGACUGUGGUUUUAAGAAGGUGCUUUUUGUUGUUGUUGUUUUUCUUAAUUGAAGAGUCCUGAUGUGGUGAUACUUGUUUUCUUAUAUUAGGGAGAAAAUGUCUUGGCAGUGUCUUGGCUGGGCAGACGGGUUUAGGGGCUUGCCUUAGUACUUCAAGUGAUGCUCCUGAGCUGCUGGGGUGGGUGCUGUUCGGUAGGUUGAGGCUGGAGGCACAAACCUUCUGUCUAGACCAUCCUCUGUACUUUUUCACCUGUACUUUCAGGUUUCUUCCUCUCUGCAUAGGUUGUCAUGAGUUCCUUGUAGCUGAUGGGCACUUACUCCUGCAGAGGAUUCCGCCUGCUUUCCUGCAGAGCAAGGAUGGCAUAUGGCUUAUGAUUUGUCUGAGCUGUCUCUAACACGUGCCUUCUUGGAUCUGUCUCAUACAGAUCUUGGAAAUCUUCAUUUUGAUAGAAAUCGUCCUUAUUGGUAGCAUAGUAGGGGGCAGCUUCAUUUUUUCGUAAUGUGGCUGAGUUAGAGUACUGCUUAGUAACAGCAUGGUUUAUGUUUCAAAAUAGCUUUCCACCAUCGCUCAGGUUGUGGUUGAUGGGGGAAACCAGCUGUAACACAUUACACAAGGUGGCAUAUGCCCAAAGGAAGAGAUGGGGCUGGUGUUUUUCUCUAAAAAUAGUUAGUCCUGCAAUUUAACUACCCAGAAAGUUAUUUUAUCCUUCUUUCCACCCCUCCACCCCCAGCUUCUCUUUGUCAUCAAAGCCAUUCUGUGAUUAAUCUAAGUGUUGUCUCCCUGAAUUUUCUCCAUGCACACUCAUAGAGAUGGGGGCUGUUAUACAGAAGAGCAGAAAAAGGGAAUGUAACUCUCCACUUAUUUCUUUAUUUUCUUUAAAAUGCUUCAGCACCUCUAAAAUCUGAAUUAAUCAAAUCAAAUCAUCUCUGUGCACAUCCAGGAACCAGCUACAUUUAAUCUAGUUAAGUGUUUUCUGUUCAUCCACAAAAGUCCCUGUUUCAGGGUGAAGUGCGCAGGGGAGGGCUUUCCAGAAGGUUUAGCGUCUUGAUGGACAGCUUUCUGCUGCCUUCAUCUCUCCAAACAGAAAGGGUGGCACAUAUGGCAAGGGCUGGUGGACAGAUUGCACUGCAGAAAAUAACCAUGGCGGAUAAGCAAAUGUUUUACUCUUUCUUGCCUUUCUACUCUGCUCCGUCGAUGAGAAGAAAGCCUUGCUAAUUGUCUCCUUGUCGUGGAUUUUUGACUGUUGGGUUACUUCUUUUGCUCCCACUGGAUAUAAAAGCCCACCUGUUACAACAGCAGUAAUGAGAUGCUGCUUUCGUUAUUCUCUUUGAGUGAGGAAGGAAGUUUGGCUCUACUGGAAGAAAAUGACACUUGACUGAAGAGCAUAAGUCACCCUGGAAGGCGUUGCUCCCCUCUGAGCUUUAAGUGAGCAGCCCUGUCGUAUGAGGAGGAUCCGUCAGCCUUCUUAGCUAUACAAUGGGCACCACAGGUGAUGACAUGGCUUCGGUGGAGCAGAACGCCUCCUUGAACCCGCUGUGCUUCGAGUGCGGCCAGCAGCACUGGACAAGGGAGAACCACCUCUACAACUACCAGAACGAAGUGGAUGAUGACUUGGUCUGCCAUAUUUGCCUUCAGCCCUUGUUGCAGCCAUUGGACACUCCCUGCGGACACACUUUCUGCUACAAGUGCCUAAGGAACUUUCUGCAGGAGAAGGAUUUCUGCCCGUUGGAUCGAAAAAGACUCCAUUUUAAACUCUGCAAAAAAUCCAGCAUUCUUGUUCACAAACUGUUAGACAAGCUGUUUGUUUUGUGUCCCUUCUCUUCGGUGUGUCAGGAAGUCAUGCAGCGAUGUGACCUGGCGGCACAUCUCAAAAACAGGUGUCCUGGGGCUUCUCAUCGACGGGUCGCUCUGGAGAGAAGGAAAACGAGUAAACUGCAAGCAGAAGUGGAGGGCGAGAGUGGACCUGGUGGGACGGAGCAGCCCGGCAGUUUGUCUCCGGACGCAGAUCAGGGAAUCGUGCCAGCCGAGCAGAGCUUCACCUCGCCCGCCCUUCCAGCCUGGACAGACGAGCCCGGCAUCGAUAACCCGCCUUUUGAGGAGAACACAGUAGCAGAUACAAAUCAACAGCCACCUACCCUGCCUGAAGGAGAGAUCACUACUAUUGAAAUUCAUCGGUCUAAUCCUUAUAUCGAAUUAGGAAUUAGCAUAGUGGGUGGCAAUGAAACACCUUUGAUCAACAUUGUCAUUCAAGAGGUCUAUCGAGAUGGAAUCAUUGCCAGAGAUGGAAGACUUCUUGCUGGAGACCAAAUACUUCAAGUCAAUAGCUUUGACAUAAGCAACGUUUCUCACAACCACGCUCGAGCUGUGCUUUCCCAGCCGUGCUCGGUGCUGCACCUCACUGUGCUGAGAGAGCGGCGGUUCGGCAGCCGCACGCACACCCACGCGGACACCACCGGCCCCUUGCGAGAAGACAGCUUCCAGGUGACACUGCACAAACGCGACUCCAGCGAACAGCUUGGCAUUAAACUUGUACGCAGAACAGACGAGCCGGGAGUUUUUAUUCUCGACCUUUUGGAAGGGGGUUUGGCUGCUCAAGAUGGCAGGCUCUGCAGCAAUGACCGUGUACUCGCAAUCAAUGGACAUGACUUGAAGCACGGGACACCUGAGCUUGCUGCUCAGGUUAUACAGGCUAGUGGGGAGAGGGUGAAUUUGGUCAUCUCUAGGCCCCUGAAGUCACAGACCGUCAGUAUUAUCCGAGACACCGCGACUCACAACAGCAACCCACACCAACACCAGUCCCAACAGCUGUUUCACAGCAGACCCAACUCACAUAAGGAUCUCUCCCAGUGUGUUACAUGCCAAGAAAAGCACAUCACAGUGAAAAAAGAGCCACAUGAAUCUCUAGGAAUGACAGUGGCAGGAGGCAGAGGCAGCAAAAGUGGCGAACUGCCCAUCUUUGUGACAAGCGUACAGCCUCACGGGUGUUUGGCAAGAGACGGCAGGAUUAAACGAGGUGAUGUGCUGCUGAACAUCAACGGCAUCGAUUUGACCAACCUGAGUCACAGCGAGGCGGUGGCCAUGCUGAAAGCCAGUGCUGCCUCUUCGGUAGUCGCCCUGAAAGCCCUGGAAGUCCAGAUUGUAGAAGAACAGCCCCAGGCUAAUGAAGAGCAAUUGAGUACCAUCAGUGAAAAUGAAUAUGAUGCCAGCUGGUCACCAUCAUGGGUCAUGUGGCUGGGACUUCCAAGCUGCCUACACAGCUGCCAUGACGUAGUCCUGCGGCGAAGCAAUUUAGGGAGCUGGGGUUUCAGCAUUGUUGGUGGCUACGAGGAGAACCACACGAACCAGCCUUUCUUCAUUAAAACGAUCGUUCUUGGAACUCCUGCAUACUUUGAUGGAAGAUUAAAGUGUGGUGAUAUGAUUGUUGCUGUAAAUGGACUAUCCACAGUUGGAAUGAGCCAUUCUGCACUCGUUCCCAUGCUGAAGGAGCAGAGGAACAAAGUGACUUUAACAGUGAUUUGCUGGCCUGGAAGCCUCAUAUAGAUUUGUGAAUCACUUUUGUUCGAGCAGCUUCUUUUUCUAGAUAGCUGGCACAAGGAUCUCCUUUGUCUUUUUUUUUUUCCCCUAUUGAUACAGCUGGUUAUAAGCAGGGCCAAAACUGCUGUAUUUUCUUUUUUACGGGCCUCUCAGACUCACUCUAUGUAUCUUUCCAUCCUGAAAUAGCCAUUUCUGUUUGCUACAUGCACUGCUGAUGCAAUUUCAAAUAUACACGGGCUCACAGAGAAGCUCGCACUCUGAUACAGCUGUCACUGAGCUUUCCCCGCAAGGCUUGUUGACUCGGCAGAAGAACUUACUGGUUCUUUGGGUUUCUCUGCACAGUCCUCAAGUUAUAUGUGAUAUAUAAACCUAAUAGCCAUGGGCCCAUUCUUCCCUGCUCAGAGAACAUGUGUCAGUACCACCAUGACACAUCUAUCUGCUGCUAUGAAUCAAAAUCCAUUUCCAAAGGUACGUCUCUUCAUUUUGUAAACCUUUCCAUUAUUGAUUCACUAUUUCAGACUGAUCCGAGAAAUCCGUGUUACUCCUCAGAAAUUACUUGGUCCCCCAGAUUUUUCUUGCAAGGUGUCAGUGUUCAUAGAAAAGUAGGAGAAAAGCCUGAAAUUACUGGAAUUUUUAUAAAGUGCAAUAAUUGGACUCUUUGUUAGGAAACUUUAAUAUAUUUCAGAGUUUUUAUCCUAUAUGACAAGAAAUAUGGAAGUAAUUACUGGUGCAACGCUGGCAAGGAUACAUGUGCUGAGGUCACCUUGAGUGAAUGGCUUGCAGUAUUAGACUUGACUUUACAAAUGAAUGUUUUGCUAUGUCAGAGAAUUUUGAUGAACAUUUUUAUGAAGAUCAUUUUUACCGUUUCUAUUGUAGUUGUCAGCUGUCUUUAUUCACAUGUGGAAACAACACUUUGACUUGUACUUUCUAAAUGAGGGAAUGAUUUCCAGGAAAAAAAGCAAGCUAUUAAGAAACCAUACGUUAUGGUUUACAGGUGGGCAGGCUCGAAGAGAGGCUCAUUGAAUUUGAGUCCAACUGCAAAGCAAGCUGCAAAGUUCAACUCUUAUUCUGUCACCUCAUGACAAAUGUGCAAAUGCCCUGAUAUCAAAUGCUGAAACGCUCUCUCUUGUAUUUCAGGAUUUUUUGUUUCCUUUAGGGAGCACCUGCUAUUAAGUUGUCAGUAAGAGUAACGCUAUUUAUCUUGGAUUGUAUUUAGUAUUUUUACAAACCAACCUGUAACUUCUAGACUUUUGCCUUUCCAUAAUAUUUGCAGGCUAAGCACCCAUUUGAUUAAGGAAAGAGGGGUGGAGCCCAGAAAGAAAUGUGCUGACCUGGAGCAAACCCUGUGUGCUGUCAGUGUUCUGUGUGUUUGGAAAUGAGCUUCAUUUAUAACCAGGUUCCCAACCUGAACUGAUUUUAUGAAUGACCUCUAUAUUGUAUUACUAAUUACCAGAGAAUGUAUUUGAGAAUCACAGUAUAUUUGAAUUGUGAAGCAUGAACUUCGUUUUCAAACUUAGCUGGUAUAAUAUCGGGGCAUAUUAUCGCAUGUCAUUAAUUCCAGUAGCUUUGUUUUCAAAACAAAUAAAGUUACUCUUUUGCAAAAAAUUAAAAUUCUCAUAUUAAUGACGUGGUUUUAUUCUUUGCUGUAAUGUAUACUAUUGGUUUAAUUUCAUAAUAUUAAAAUACAAAAGAAUGUCCUCUACAGUACAUACUGUACUGAGAAUCUUGGUUUCUGAAGCAAACACCAAACUUAUUUGAUAGUCUGAGUGAUUUGAGAACAAGUUUCCUCCCAUCCCCAGAUGCUGUUUAACUGUACGCUGUGCUCUUAACAUAGAUCUUUUUUUUUUUUUAAGUACAUCUUAGUGUAGUCUUUAGGGAAGAUUUUGACAUAUGUACUAGAGUUAAUGGUUUUUAUUUUGAAAAUUACACUUUUCAUUCAAAAUCCUGCAGAAGUCAGAUUUUUAUGUUUUUUUUUUUCUUUUUUAUGUAUAUGUAACAAAAGCAUGGGUUAGCUUCAACUGUGCAGUUUUGUUUCUCUGUGCUGUAGCUUUUGAUCAGAAUGUCUAGUGAACAAACGUUUCUGAAUUAAUUCCCAUCCUGAAUCAUUUUUCCCGUUUCUCUUGUAGCUGCAUAGUUGGGUUUGGUUUCCUGUGCCUUCUGUUUUAAAUUAUUUCAAGACUUUUUUUUUCCCAGAUAUUGCUAUCUAAUUGUAUGGUAUUAAUGAAGGAUGAAUGAAAAUAAAAGUUCAUUCUACUCAUUGCAA